AUGGCGUUCUUUACCGGCACCACCCGUCUGCGCAACGUGUCGCCCAUCCCCUCGUCACCAUCAAGCCCCGUCGUCACCAAAGAAGCCGCCGUCGCCGUCCUCCACGACCACGCCUUCUUCCUCCGCUGCGAGCCCGCCUACAUGUCGCACCGCGCCCUGCCCUCCCCGCCCGACGCGUCCAACGUCGACCCCGCCACCGCCCGCCUCGCGUACCGGCUCCCCCCCGGCAUCGAACCGGUGGCGGGAAGCGCGCCCGCGGUCAAGCUGUACGAGGUCGUCGACCACGUGCCGAGCCCCGUGUGGAGCUCGAGCGUCGUGAGCAGGGAGGAGUUCGUCGACCUCGCGGACGGCGUGUGGGUGCGGAUCAGGGCGCCGCUCGCGAUCGUGAUGGAGAAUCGCUGGUCCGUCAGGGAGAGGGUGGUCGAGGACGAGGAGUGGUGGGAGGGGAAGGAAGGCCCCGGGCUGGAAUUGGUGGAGGAUGUGGAGAUUGUUUGCUCGAAGUUAUUGUUGGGGAUUGUGAGGGGCCAGGUGGAGGGGAAUUGGAGGGAUAUUCACGGGAGGAUUGUGGCGAGGAUGGUGGAGGGUGGGAAGAAGGAGGGGGGUGAGAGGAAGGAGGUGGGAGAGGGGGCGGGAGAGGGGGCGGGAGAGGGGGCGGGAGAGGGGGAGUGA